GGGAGGGAGAGCGGGAGCAUAGAGAUCUUCCCACCCACCUAAAAAGAGGAGACAAGCUGGCAGGCAGCAUUCAUAAAGCGGGCAGCGAGACGGCGUGUGGCUCAGAGAGGCAGUGCACACGAGGUGGGAAGGUCACCGGGCACAAGAACUCCCUGAGACCAGGGACACACACGGCGUCACCCUGCAGAGCUGCCUGAAGAGUGCGGAUUACAGAGAAAACACCAGGACCUGUGGACAAAGGCACCAAAGAGUGGAUGGAUGCCUUUUGCAGCCUCAGUGGCCUGGAUCCUUUAUGGGACUGGAACCGAACAUGGUACACCCCCAACCCAGACCUGACCCAGUGCUUCCAGAACACAAUCCUGGUGUGGGUCCCCUGUGUCUACCUCUGGUUAUGUUCGCCUGUCUACUGCCUGUAUCUCUGCUGCUGUGACCAUGGACACAUCCAAAUCUCCUGUCUCUGCAGUAUCAAAACGCUCCUGGGCUUCUUCUUAGCAUCCUUCGGCUUUGUGGAGUUCUUUUACAUUCUCCUGGAGAGGAACCAAGAGAUCCAUCAGCAUCUGAUCUUCCUCUUGAGUCCCCUCAUUCGCAGCUUGACUGUGAUGCUGGCUGUCUGCAUCAUCCACCUGGAGAGGAAAAGAGGCUGCCGCUCCUCUGUCUUCCUCUUCCUCUUCUGGAUGCUGGCAGUGCUGUGCUCUCUCGUGCCCCUCAGAGCCAAGAUCCAGCUGGCUAUGGAUGAGGGCUUCGGCACCGAUGCUGUGCGCUACCUGGCCUUUUUUUCAUACUUCGCCCUGCAACUGGUGCAGCUCUUUCUCAGCUGUUUCUCGGACCGGCCCCCAAGCAGCAGGAAAGCGCCUCUGAUCAAGAACCCUUGCCCUGUCCAAGAUGCAUCCUUCUUAUCAAAGAUUCUCUUUUGGUGGUUCAGUGGACUUGUGGUGAAAGGGUAUCGCAAGCCACUCCAGGCUGAAGAUCUUUGGUCUCUAAGAGAAGAAGACACCUCAGAAAAGAUCAUCACUGCUUUGGAGCAGGAGUGGACUACACAAUGCACAAAGAUGCAACAGCAGGAGAGGUCUUUGGGCACAGGCGUGGCACUGGGCUCGCGGCUGGCGGAGCAGGCUCAACUCAUUCGGAAGUUGCAGAAGGAGCAGAGUUCGGGCUUCUGUCUGCUCAAGACUCUGGCUCGUAACUUUGGGCCCUACUUCCUGUCAGGGACCUUGUGCCUCGUGGUCCAUGACGCCUUCAUGUUUGCCAUUCCCCAAAUUCUGAGUCUGUUGCUGGGAUUCAUGAGGGAUGAGGAUGCCCCCUUGUGGAAGGGCUAUUUCUACGCAUCUCUUAUGUUCCUGCUCUCAUGCCUACAGUCCCUCUUCAACCACCAGUACAUGUAUACCUGCUUCACUGUAGGCAUGAGGGUAAAAACAGCCGUUAUGGGCCUUGUCUACAGGAAGACUUUGGUCAUCAGCAGCGCUGCACGCAGGACCUGCACAGUCGGGGAGAUAGUGAACCUGGUCUCAUCUGACACCCAAAAGCUCAUGGAUUUCGUGGUGUACUUCAACGCAGUCUGGCUGGCUCCCAUCGAGAUCUCGCUCUGUCUGUUCUUCCUGUGGCAGCACUUAGGCCCAUCCGCCCUAGCUGGCAUUGCCACAGUCAUCCUCAUAUUUCCUCUGAAUGGAUUCAUUGCCAAGAAAAGGAGCCGACUCCAGGAGGUGCAAAUGAAGUACAUGGACGGACGCAUCAAACUCAUGAAUGAGAUACUGAAUGGAAUCAAGAUCCUGAAGUUCUACGCGUGGGAGAAGGCCUUCCUGGAGCAGGUGCUCGGCUACAGGCAGAGGGAGCUGAAGGCCCUCAAGAAAUCUCAGAUCCUCCACUCUGUUUCCAUGGCUUCCUUCAACUCCUCAUCAUUUCUAAUUGCUUUUGCAAUGUUUGGGGUCUACGUGCUGAUUGAUGAUAAGAAUGUCCUGGAUGCGCAGAAGGUAUUUGUCUCCAUGGCUCUCAUCAACGUCUUGAAGACCCCGCUGAGCCAGCUGCCCUUUGCGAUGAGCACCAUCAUGCAGGCCAUAGUCUCCUUGAAGCGUCUUGGAAAAUUUCUUUUCCAAGAGGAGCUAAAAGCUGAAAGUGUGGAGAAAUCCCCAUUCCAGCCUGAUGGGGAUGCAGUUGCCAUAGAAAAUGGCACCUUCAGCUGGUCCAGAGAAGGUCCUCCAUGUCUUAAGAAGAUCAGCGUGCGGGUACCACAAGGGUCUCUGGUCGCUGUGGUGGGUCAUGUCGGCAGUGGGAAGUCGUCUCUUCUGUCUGCAGUCCUUGGAGAGACAGAGAAAAGGAGUGGCAGUGUUUCAGUCAAGGGCUCAGUUGCCUACGUGCCCCAGCAAGCCUGGAUCCAGAAUGCCACCCUGCAAGACAACAUCAUGUUUGGCAGAGAGAAGAAGCAGAGCUGGUACCAGCGUGUGCUGGAGGCCUGCGCUCUGCUCCCUGACCUGGAGAUUCUGCCCGCUGGCGAUGCCACUGAGAUCGGGGAGAAGGGUUUGAACCUGUCAGGAGGACAGAAGCAGCGGGUGAGCCUGGCGCGUGCCGUAUACAAAAAAGCAGAUGUGUACCUGCUGGAUGACCCCCUUUCUGCUGUGGAUGCCCAUGUUGGACAGCACAUAUUUGAGAGAGUCGUUGGACCUAAGGGUGUGCUGAGAGACAAGACUCGUGUUCUAGUCACGCAUGGGACGAGUUUCCUGCCCCAGGCUGACCUAAUCCUUGUGCUGGAUGAUGGAGAAGUCACAGAAAUGGGCUCGUACUCGGAUCUGCUAAGCCGGCAUGGUGCCUUCGCCGAAUUCAUAAAUACCUUCGCCAGCACAGAGUGCAAGGAAAGCUCUGUCCAAAGAGGUACCAGGAAGUCUUUAUCACGGCUCAGUGUUACUGACUUCAUUCCUGUUUCCAGAGACCUCUCCCAGGAGCAGCUCAUUAGUGGUGACAUGGGUAACAACAGCCUACAGAACAUGGAGUCUAUAUCUGACACAGAGCAGGACCAGAUACCAGAAGACGUGGGAAAGCUGACAGAGGCUGACAGGGCCCGUACAGGCAGGGUAAAACUGGAGCUAUACAUGGAGUAUUUCAAGACCAUCGGCUUGGGGCUCAUCCUGCCCAUCAUCUUCCUGUACACCUUCCAGCAGGCCGCCUCCCUGGCUUACAACUACUGGCUUAGCAUCUGGGCAGAUGAUCCCAUCGUGAACGGGACACAGAUCGACACAGACAUGAAGCUGGGCAUUUACGGGGCUCUUGGUUUCGCACAAGGUGUGGCUAUUUUUGGUACCACUGUGGCAAUCUCGGUGGGAGGCAUCAUAGCCUCUCGUCACCUGCACUUGGAUCUCCUGAACAACGUUUUGCGGUCCCCAAUGGCCUUCUUCGAGUGCACGCCAAGCGGUAACCUCCUUAACCGCUUCUCCAAGGAGAUAGACGCCAUUGACUGCAUGAUACCAGAUGGGCUGAAGAUGAUGCUGAACUAUCUUUUCAAGCUGCUCGAGGUCUGCAUCAUUGUCCUGCUGGCGACACCCUUCACGGCGGUGGUGAUCUUGCCCCUGGCUUUGCUUUACGCCUUCAUCCAGAGUUUCUACGUGGCCACAUCCUGCCAGCUGCGUAGGCUGGAGUCCGUCAGCCGAUCACCGAUCUACACUCACUUCAAUGAAACAGUGCAGGGUGCAAGUGUGAUACGUGCCUUCGGAGAGCAGUCAAGAUUCAUUCUGCAAAACAACUAUAGGAUUGACUACAAUCAAACCUCCUACUUUCCCCGAUUUGUGGCUACCAGGUGGCUGGCUGUAAAUCUUGAGUUCCUUGGCAAUGUUAUGGUUCUUGCUGCGGCAAUCCUUUCUGUAAUGGGGAAGAAUACGCUGAGUCCUGGCAUUGUGGGUCUCGCCGUGUCCCACUCUCUUCAGGUAACUGGAAUUUUAAGCUGGAUCGUGAGAUCCUGGACAGAUGUGGAGAACAACAUUGUAUCUGUGGAAAGGAUAAAGGAAUAUGCCAACACACAGAAGGAGGCACCCUGGACCAUGGAAAAAAAUCCCCUCCCCACAGCCUGGCCACAAACAGGGACCAUUGAAUUCCAUGAUUAUGGACUGCAGUACCGCAAAGGCUUGGAUUGGGCUCUCAAAGGAAUUUCCUUACGCAUCGAAGAGCGAGAGAAGGUCGGGAUAGUGGGCAGAACUGGAGCUGGAAAGUCCUCCCUCGCUCUUGGAAUUUUUCGGAUCUUGGAAGCUGCCAAAGGUGAAAUCUAUAUUGAUGGGAUCAACAUAGCAGAGAUAGGACUUCAUGACCUGAGGUCCCGCAUCACCAUCAUCCCACAGGACCCCGUGCUCUUCUCUGGCUCGCUGCGCAUGAACCUGGAUCCAUUUGAUGCGUACUCAGACGAGGAGGUCUGGAGUGUUCUGGAGCUUGCCCACCUCAAGAACUUUGUGUCAGGCCUACCGGACAAACUGAAUCAUGAAUGUUCAGAAGGAGGAGAGAACCUUAGUUUGGGACAGCGUCAGCUGGUGUGUCUGGCUCGUGCUCUCCUCCGCAAAACCAAGAUUCUUGUCCUGGAUGAGGCAACGGCAGCUGUGGAUUUGGAAACGGACACCCUGAUCCAGUCAACAAUUCGUGUCCAGUUUGAGGACUGCACCGUGUUGACUAUCGCCCAUCGACUUAACACCAUCAUGGACUAUACCAGAGUCAUUGUGAUGGAUAAAGGCCAUAUUGCAGAAAUGGAUUCUCCAGCCAAUCUCAUCUCAAAGAGAGGCCAGUUCUACUGGAUGUGCAGGGAAGCUGGGCUGGUGUGACAGGCUCCUGGGGGAGGGGGGGGGUCCUUAAGCCGCAAUCUUCAUUUUGCAGUUUAAAGUGGGGGGAAUGUUACUUCAGGAGAACUAAAUAAACCAUGUGAAAAACCAUUUCUAUGAAAAACAAGCGGGUCGUUAAGCUCAAAGGGUCAUUACAGUAUCAGAAAUGACUUUGGCCACAAGCUGCUGAGUGCAUGUGGGGGCAGGAGGCCUACAGAGGAGCUCGGAGAGAGAGAAAGGUCACGACGCAAAGGCAGCAGGUGGCCGAAGCCUCCAACAAUGGUGCUUACAGCAGGUUCUGACGGGAUUGUCCAUCCCAGGUCAUAAGGGCCCAGUCCUGCAUGUCUUCAUUGUCCCUCAUGUAGAGAAAUCUGAAGCAGGGAAAUACUGUAAGUAUAAUAACUAAAAAACCCAGCAAAUUCUGUAUAAAACUACCUAAAGCGUGGAGGUGAAAUGAAGAAAAGGGGAACCGAUAUUCAGUCCAGGUAAAUGCAUAUGAAUGACUUCCCUCCAAAUUUGUAAUAAUGAACAAAGCAAACUGCCUUAACCCCAGUAUUGCCUGAUCUAAGGCUGUAGCUCAGACCCAGCAGGACUGCAGUGUGGCUGCUGUCUCUGUCUGGAUGCAAAUCUGACUUUACAUGUAAAAUGUGCCAAGAUAAUAAAAGAUGAACUGGGGUUAAAAUUGUUAUCACCAUCUGGCCCCUAACGAACCAUUUCAGUUGUAUGAGGGCUGGAUAAAGAUGAAAACAUGACAAUGAGCAGGGAAAUGGCUCCAAACUGUGUUGUGCUGUUAGUUUAUUUUAGGCAGAGUAAACAUUUUCAAACGGGUGAUGGAGACUGGAUGAUGAGAGGCCAUGUAACUUGAAUGCUGCAUCAUAGAGUUUGCACUAUUUUUGGGGAAUAAUAUAUUACAUAUAAAAUUAAAAUAGUAUCCUUAUAUACAAGUUUCAGAUGCUGUAGUGAAAAUGACGUCCAAACUCAUGAAGACGAGCUGCAGAUUUUCACCCCGGGUACCCUGCAGAGUCACUUCAUAUUUACAUACACAUCACUCUUUUCAGACACCCGGUUAACGUUUCUCAAAACAGGCUUUUUACCAGUAAUGAAAGGCAGGAUCUCUUGAUCAGUGAAAAUCAUGAUUUCUUGCAUCGUAUUAAUUGUGAUUUUUUUAAGAUUUUCAUGACACUUAUUUUCUGAAAGGUUCUGUUUGUGUGUUUUACUGGUAAUGACGAUGUUAUUUACAUACAGUAUAAAGUGUUGUAUGUGUAUUGUAAUACAAAUGUAAAGAAUGUUUUAUAUUUUUACUUUUUAUAUUUAACCUGUUACAUUUGAUUUAUCAUCGAGUUAAUUGUAUUAUAUUGACUUUACUGCUAUGUGGGAAAAGUCAUUUGAAUGCAAUAUUAAUACUUUACUCAUUGUACACAAAUACUGUGUUUACAAUAUUUAUUGUUGAUUUUUUUUUUUCACAUUCAGAUUUUUAUAUUUUGUAUAUAUGCUGACAGCGGCCAAAUAAACCGUGAUCUGUGCAGGUCACUCUAUCCCUAUUUUAUGCUGACUGUAUUUUACUUGCAACUUAUUGUUUGAGAAAUCUGGUGUAAGUGCACUUGAAAGCAAUAAACUUGAACAAACUAA